ACCACAUAAUCCAAACAGCCACCAAUCUUCCAAAAAAAAAAACCACCUCACGAGAACAACAAGAAAAGUCAAAGAACAAAAAGGGGGAAGAAAGGAGAAACAAAAACCAACAGAAAAAAAAACCAUGGCGGACCUCACCGACCCCUCCCUCCCGGACGUCGUGCACACCUACCACCGCCUGCUCCACGAAGACCCGGACCUCACCAUGCCCGUGGCGGCGAUCGAGGCGCUCAUCCUGCGCCUGAGCGAGACCCCCGCGAGCACCAUCAGCGAGACCCUCGACCUGAUCAGCACGCUGACCAAGCAGCUGAAGACGCACAUCCCGAACUCGAUCUCGCUGUCCGCGGGCACGGACCUCUUCCAGCAGUACCUCAUCACCUCGCUGCAGCGGCCCACCGGUAGCGCCCCCGGAGGAGGAGGAGGAGCAGGGGAUUUCGAGCAGGUGCGCGCCCACCUCGUGCAGAACGGGAAGCUGUUCGUCGAGCGGGCCAAGGCCGCGCGGGAGACGAUCGCGGGCUUCGGCCGGCACCUGAUCCGGGACGGGGACGUGAUCCUGACGAACGGGGGGUCGCGGGUGGUCGGGGCCCUGUUGCGCAGCGCCGCCGAGGCCGGGAACGGGAACGGGCGGGGCAGCGUGCGGUUCCGGGUGAUAUACGUCGUGAGCUCGGACGACGGGACCGCGGAGAGCGCGGAGCACAUCGCGGCGCUGCGGGAGCGCGACAUCCCCGUGGCGACGAUCCCGGCGACGGCGGUGGCGUUCGCCAUGGGCCGCGUGACGCGCUGCUUCGUCGGCGCCGAGGGCGUGGUCGAGAACGGCGGCGUCAUCAGCCGCCUGGGCACCUUCCAGAUGGGCAUGCUGGCCAAGAGCCUGGGCAAGCCGUUCUACGUCGUCAGCGAGAGCCACAAGUUCGUGCGGCUGUACCCCGUCGGCCAGGACGACCUGGGCUUCGAGCAGAGCGUGGUCGAGUUCCGGACGCUGCGGGACGAGAUCUCCGCGAGGGAGGAGGAGAAGGAGACAUCGGAGGAGGACGGUAAUCAGAACGAUGAGAACAAAAACAGCAGCAGCAGCAGCAGCAGCGGAAAGAAGGUCUCGCGGAAGGCGGAGGAGGCGGUGGAUUACACGCCGCCGCACCUCAUCUCCGGCAUCAUCACCGAAUCCGGCGUCCUCCUGCCCAGCGCGGUGAGCGAGGAACUGAUCAAGAUCUGGUACUAGGGCGGGGUGACCUCGAGGGGAGAGGACGAAAACGUGUGGAAGUUGCCCCCUAGUCGAUGAUUUCAAAGCCCAAAAAAAGAAGGAACUAAAAAGUCCUGGCAGGAAAGGGCCAAGAAAGAAAGAAAGAAAGAAAGCGAGAGCGCCAACGAGGCGAAG